AUGAUAGAAUCCCGCUUGAAACGAGACAAGGAUCUACGAGCUGAGUAUCAGGAUUUCAUGACACAAUACGCCGCCCUCGGUCACAUGCAACCAGUAGACUACACUACUCACUCCAUCCCGCAGUACUACCUUCCCCAUCACGCAGUCAUUCGAGAAGAAAGUUCUACAACCAAAGUGCGAGUAGUCUUUGACGCCUCCUGCAAAUCGGCGACUGGGAAAUCGUUGAACGACGUACUCAUGGUCGGCGCAGUCAUCCAAGACGAUCUUCGUGCCAUUAUCUUGCGAACCCGAAUCAACGCCAUUUUGCUCAUUGCCGACAUCAAACAGAUGUAUCGGCAGAUCCUGGUAGACGAGCGUGAUACGCCCCUUCAACGAAUCCUCUGGCGGAACUCAUCCGACGAACCCAUCAGUACUUUUGAGUUAAGAACUGUGACGUACGGUACAGCUAGCGCACCUUUUCUAGCUACUAGGACGCUACAACAACUGGCAGACGAUGAAAUGGCUGAUUUUCCAGUGGGCGCAGCAGUUCUUAAAAGAGAUGUCUACGUCGACGACCUGGUGACCAGCGGCAAGAAUCCUGAAGAGCUGAUAGAAGUGCGGAAUCAACUCGAUCAGAUGUGCAGGCGUGGAGGUUUUGAGUUCCGCAAAUUCGCGUCGAAUGUGGAAGCUGUUUUGGAUGGCAUCUCCUCCGAAAGACGGGCGCUGCAGUCUUCAGUAGAACUUGCUACUGAUCAGUGCAUCAAGACCUUGGGAUUGCACUGGGAGCCAGCAUCAGACCACUUUCGCUUCCACAUCAAUCUACCCAAACAGUCCCAAUGCACUCAAAUCAGCAAGAGAUUGGCUCUUUCUCAGAUCGCGCAGCUCUUCGAUCCUUUAGGCUUGGUUGGACCAGUCAUCGUCACAGCAAAGGUGUUUAUGCAGACUCUAUGGAGUCUCAAAUCCGACGACGGCAAGGCGUGGGGAUGGGAUCAACCAUUGCCACCUUCUCUUACUACAUACUGGCAAGACUACUACUCGCAGCUGCCACUUCUAGAGCAGCUUCGAAUUCCUCGCUGUGUCGUGCUGCCACAUUUCGAUUCAAUCCAAUUGCAUCUGUUCUCUGACGCGUCGGAACAUGCCUAUGGGGCUUGUGCAUAUUUUCGAUCAACGGAUCCCUCUGGUGCUGUUUCAGUCGGCCUCGUUACUGCCAAAUCGAAGGUGGCUCCACUGAAAAGGCGCAGCAUUCCUCGGCUUGAACUUUGCGGAGCACUCGAAGCCGCCCAGCUAUACCAAAAAAUAUCCUCAGCCUUCGGUCGGAAAUUUCAAACGUUUUUCUGGGUCGAUUCAACAACGGUGCUUGCUUGGCUAAAGGCGAGUCCAUCAGUUUGGACAACAUUUGUCGCUAACCGGGUCUCCAAGAUCCAACUUGCGACGGACGGUACCACAUGGAGUCACGUAUCUGGUCAACAAAAUCCAGCCGACCAUCUCUCGAGAGGCAUCGACGCAAAAACAUUGAUUUCCUGCAGACUCUGGUGGCAAGGACCUGAUUGGCUGCGCUCAAAUCAAUUUGUGGAGCAAACAUCACCCUCAUCUUCGUUUGAAACUCAGCUGGAGUUUCGAGCAUCUAAACCCGCCGGACUUAUGACCACCACCACAACAACAUUCCUGGAUUCCUACAUCGAACGGUUCUCGAAGUUUCAAACAAUGCUGCGCGUGACAGCCUUCUGCAUUCGAUUUUGCCACAACGCUCGAACCAAGGAACCGAAUCGACGACUCCAUGCUUUCCUAUCGACCACAGAACUCCGGGAAGCCGAAACAGUUCUCAUCCGUUGGGUCCAAGCUCAGGAAUUUCCUGACUAUGCAGCACUUCAAGCGUCGAAGCCAGCGCCCGCUAGAUCACGACUUCGUUGGUUCACUCCAUUUUUGGAUUCGGAACAGGUGAUGCGCGUAGGAGGACGAAUUGACCGAUCGCCGCUGAAUUAUGAUACCAAGCAUCAAAUCUUACUUCCGUACCAUCAUCGUUUCUCAUCGCUACUGGUUGAGUGUUACCAUGAAAGACACUUGCAUGCCGCUCCACAAUUGCUCAUGGGAUUACUCCGUCUCAGAUACUGGAUCAUAGGGGCCAGGAAUCUGGCCAAAUCCAUCGUCCACCGCUGCAUAAUUUGCGUCCGAGCUCGCCCUAAAUUGGUGGAACAAUUUAUGGCAGAGCUCCCGAAGGAACGCAUUAUUGCCACCCGUCCUUUUACUGUUACGGGGGUAGAUUACUGGGGACCUAUUCUUUUGAAACCGCCGCAUCGCAGAUCCGCUCCUAUCAAAGCAUUCGUAGCGGUCUUCAUUUGCUUCAGUACCAAGGCUGUGCACAUCGAACUGGUUUUCGAUUUAACCACAGCCAAAUUUAUUCAGGCCUUGCGACGAUUUGUCGCUCGUCGUGGCCCGCCUUCCGACAUCCAUAGCGAUAAUGGCCGAAAUUUUCUAGGCGCUAAGAACGAGCUUCUCCGACUCCUCCGCAAUCCAGAGCACACCAAGAAGCUGGGAAUCGAAUGUUCGGAUUGCAACAUACGUUGGCACUUCAAUCCGCCAAGAGCAUCCCAUUUCGGUGGAUUGUGGGAAUCCGCUAUUAAUUCCGCUCAAAAGCACUUCAUCCGAGUUGUCCGUGAUCGUCCGCUGGCCUACGACGAUAUGCACACUCUCCUGUGCCAAAUAGAAAGCUGCCUAAAUUCCCGCCCACUCGUUGCAUUGAGUGACGAUCCGACCGACUACGAGCCUCUUACGCCUGGACACUUCCUAGUCGGCACCUCCUUGAAAGCUGUACCAGACGACGAUCUUUCCGAAGUGCAGAUACAUUCCCUGAAGAAGUGGCAACAAACACAGAAACUAUUCCAGGAUGUUUGGCGACGCUGGCACCUGGAAUAUUUAACAACAUUAUCACCUAGAACAAAAUGGAUCAACCCACCUGUAGCAAUAAAGGAAAAUCAGCUGGUCCUCCUCAAGGAAGAAGGCACUCCUCCAAUUCGCUGGCCAACAGCCAGAAUCAGUCAGGUGCAUCCCGGCGAAGACGGAAUCAUCAGAGUGGUCACUCUCCAAACGCCAAAAGGAUCCUGCACUCGACCGGUGGCGAAAAUUUGUUUGUUGCCGAUUGCACCAUCACCGGAGGAAUCAAAUAUCACCGCCGGCGCUGAGCAACCAACGGCAAACACAAUUUUGAAGAAACACUAG